GAGGUCUCUAUUUCUCUUUCUUUCCAGUUGGGGGUGUUGUUUUUGUGUCCCCCCUCUCUUCUUUGCGUUCUCUCCAGAAGUCUUUUACUUUUAAAACCCUUUUUUUCAUAAUUUUUGCAAUAAUAAUAAUCCGAUUAAAAACCUGAUUAUUAAUAUUAUUAUUAUUGUCAUUAGUAGCGGUAAUUGUUAAGAAUAGGGGGGUUAGUUUGACCAGAACUGGGGUGGCUACUUAUUUGCCCCACAUUCAAUUUUUAUUUAGUUUCUCAGAAAGAGAGGGAGAGAGAAAGAGAAAGGGAGAUCUGAGAGAAAAGUGAUACAAAUACAAGUAAUUAAAAUUAGAAUUAAAAUUUCAGGAUUCUUCAUUUUUUUUAAAGAAGAGAUCUGAUUAUAUAUCUCUUUCUCUCUGGUAGAAGAAGAUUGGUGUGGUUUUUAUUUUCCUUUGUCAGAAAGCCACAGAUUCUUUGAGAAAAAGUUGAAGCUAUCUAAUUUUCUGGUUUUUUCCCCUCUUCUAAAUUAAACCACAUUCCUUUCUUUAGAAGGUGAACCAAUCGAAAAGAAGGAAGAGAGGAUUUCUAUAACUGGUUUGAUCUAAGGUACUUCUUUCUUCUUCUUCAGUCACGUGUGACAGUUAAGGAAAAUUUAGAGUGAGGUUUUUAUUUUUUGUUUUGUACAAAAAUACAAAAAAAUUAUAAAAAGGUGAACUUAAGAGGAGGGUGGGGAUAAUAAUUUUAGGCGAAGAUGAUGCGUAUGAGGACUAAGUUGACAGGGCUGUCACCAAUGAAUGGUAACACAGCCAAUGGUGACCGACACCGAGGUGCUGGUGUUGUCAAUGGCGUCGGCGGAGGUGUCGGUGGUGGAGAAGGAGAAGGAGGACCGGAGAAUUGGGAGAUGCGGCCAUGUGGGAUGUUGGUACAGAAGAGAGUAGAUGAAGAUCAAAAUACCAAACCUCCACCAACUAUUCGGGUUCGGGUCAAAUACGCGUCAAUCUACCAUGAAAUCCAUAUUAAUUCCCAAGCUUCAUUUGGGGAAUUGAAGAAAAUGCUGGCAGCGCCAACAGGGUUGCAUCAUCAAGAUAUGAAACUGUAUUACAAAGAUAAGGAAAGAGAUUCGAAGGAUUUUUUGGAUAUUGUUGGAGUGAAAGAUAAAUCGAAAAUGGUAUUGGUGGAGGAUCCACUUAGCCAGGAAAAAAGGUACCUUGAAAUGAGGAAGAAUGCCAAGAUGGAGAAAGCAGCCAAGUCUAUUUCAGAGAUCAGUUUGCAAGUAGACAGACUUGGUGGUCAGGUGUCAGCUCUUGAAUCAGUGAUCUUGAAAGAGGGAAGAGUAGCAGAGAAGGAUGUUGUAAAUGUCAUUGAAUUAUUAAUGAAUGAAUUGAUCAAAUUAGACGGUAUUACCGCCGACGGUGAUGUCAAAUUGCAACGGAAGAUGCAGGUAAGACGAGUUCAGAAGUAUGUAGAGACUUUGGAUGUGCUUAAGGCAAAAAACUCGACCCCAGCAGCGAAUGGAGUUCACAGGACAAAAGAGAAUUCAAAUGGGCAUGCCAGGAAUUCACUCAAUGGUAAUGGUAAUGGUAAUAGUCAAGAGAAAACAUCAAAUUUGGGAAAACCACCUCUUCCCACCUCACAAAGACAAAGACAUUCUAUAGGCCACUCGCCAUUACAGCCACGGGCGCAACAAGAGCAACCAUCAAGGCAAUCUACUUCCGGGAAUGGGACUGUGGUAACCACACAAUGGGAGACUUUCGAGUCUGCACCCCCGCUUAUUCCCGUAUCCCCUACAUCGUCGGGAUCAGGCACUCCAAAACUCAUCAACCCCAAGUUCCCUUGGGAUUUUGAGUAAGAGAAAUUUAUACAUAUCCCCCUAUAUGUUUUAUGUGUGUGGAUGUGAAAUUUUUAUUUUUAUUUUUAUUUUUUUCACAUUCCGAUAUCUGUGUCCAGUUGGAUUUGGUUUCAGUUUGUUCAUUCUUUUCUGUAUCUAGAUUUUGUUAGUACCCCCUUAUUGCCUCACCAUUUGGGAAAUAAACAGGGGAUGUAUCCAUGAAUAUCGAUUAAUAAUAUGAUAAUGGCCCGUCUUAUUUUACUGUUAA